CUGUCUUGAGCUUUCGGAAAAAAUAACCGCCUGAGGCGGGUUUGCUCGAUUGAUUCUGUCUUCUGGUAGCUGUACCUUCUCUCGGUUGAGUAGACGACGGUUUUAUUACACUGCGCCCUUUCUCUCUGUUUUUUGUUUUCCUUUUGAGUGUGGCUGGAUCGGUCUCAGAUUUCGCUGUUCUUGCUGUUUCUAUAAUUUCUGCGGAAGAAAUGGCCACCAAUUUCUGGACAUCAUCUCAUUACAAGCAGCUUGUAGACCAAGAAGAUGUGGAUAUGGUAAACCCACUUGACAAAGAAAAGGGUAUCACACUUGAGGAUUUUAAGCUCAUAAAGAUGCACAUGGCUAAUUAUAUCUCAAAAUUGGCUCAAAGUGUCAAAGUUAGGCAGAGGGUUGUUGCUACUGCAGUUACAUAUAUGAGGCGUGUUUACACCAGAAAGAGUAUGGCUGAAUAUGAUCCACGUCUGGUGGCUCCAACCUGCUUGUACCUGGCAUCAAAAGCAGAGGAAAGCACAGUGCAGGCUAGACUGCUUGUAUUUUACAUUAAAAAAUCAUAUUCUGAUGAUAAGUACAGAUUUGAGAUCAAGGACAUACUUGAAAUGGAAAUGAAGAUUUUAGAGGCGCUUAACUAUUACCUGGUUGUUUUCCACCCGUAUCGUUCAUUGUCUCAGUUGCUCCAGGAUGCGGGGUUGAAUGAUAUCAACAUGACUCAAUUAACAUGGGGACUAGUAAAUGACACCUACAAGAUGGACCUAAUUCUUGUGCAUCCUCCACAUCUGAUCGCUUUAGCAUGCAUAUUCAUUGCUAGUGUCCUCAGGGAGAAAGACACCACUGCUUGGUUUGAAGAGCUUCGUGUCGAUAUGAAUGUAGUGAAAAAUAUAUCGAUGGAGAUUCUUGAUUUCUAUGAAAGCAAUCGAAUGUUCACAGAGGAGCGGAUCAAUGCUGCUCUUAGCAAGCUAGGCUUCAGGUCUUAAAAGCUCUCUUCUGCAGUUAAUAAAUAAAAAUGAAUCAUGGGGGAGGGAAGUUUGAUCCCUGAGCUAGUGAACUUUCUUCAAGGUCAUGUUCUUUACUUUAGAACAUUCUUUGAAUAUGGCCACUAGUCAGCUUAAAAUGAUUAAAUGUGAGGGCGCGGAUUACUGAGUUGUUUUUAACUUGUUGAUAGCCUCUGAAAGAAUAUCAGUGAUCUGUGAUUCAUUUCAUUCAUGCCGAUGAGUGUUGUAAUUUUAUUACAGAAUUAGAUGUGGGAUCUUAUGUAUUGCAUGAAGUUUAAGGAAUGAACACACUUUUUUUAAAAAAAAUAUUAAA